CAAAAUGACAAAGAGAUAAAUUUUGCAGCACAUACGUACAUUGACCUCAAAUUGACUUGAAAAGCGGGUGUCCCUGGCCUAUCCCAAAUAAUAAUUCCACCUCCACGUCCGCACGCAAUAUAGGGGUUUCAUUUCUCACACUUGCUGAUCCAAACCGCCCGAGUCGAUCCUUCAUCGCUCUAUCUCGCCACGAGCAAGGGAACAUACACUGGAGCAGGCAUACUUCUCCGUUAAGAAUCUAGGAUUGAAGAGUUCAACUGUAAUUCAUUAAGUUUUCCAUCUUCUCAAGUGACCGCACAUUGGCCAACUUUUGUAACUUGGCGGUGCAUGGGAAGCAUGUCUAAACUUGAGCCCCGAGAAUCUGACAAACCAUAUACCCAUUAGUUCCAAUAGUCAUACAGGUGCUAAUAAAGUUGCAACUGUUGUGUAGUAGGGACCAAGCACCAACUAUAUCAUCUUCUGGGCGUGGCAUGUGAGAAGGGACUAAUCUAUAGCACAUUUGAACAUUCUCUUGGAGAGCCUCUAAUUAAUAAAUGCACGGACAAGAUGCGGUCAUAUAUUUCAGAGUUGCUUUGUCAUCCUCUUUAUUAUGGAAGUGGAUGCAUAAGGGUUCCAGGGGGAGGACUUUUUGAUACGCUUGAACAAGGAACCUCUUGGUCUUCUUGGUUAUUGAGCAUGGAGUGCCUUUAUCGGUGUAUUAUAUCAAAAUUUUGGUCCCAAGUGACAAUUCUCUAUCACAUAUUUAUUCUGGAAGUGUAAGAUGUAGUGGAUGGUGUGACUUGUGAGCCCCUGAGCUACAAAUGUUUGUAACUGACGUAUGCAUUGAUCAGAGAAAAGGUCUAGAUUUACUUUACUUUUACUUGGCAAUGCUAUUGACAUCACAAACUCGAUAAUUGUAUUGCUACUCACUCAUUGAUUUGGAGGGGAUGCAUUUUAUAGUCACCAUCAGGCCUUGAGCUAAGAAGUGGCAGAGAGAAUUGUAAGCAGGGUCUAGAUUUUAGCUUUUCAUAUUCCUAUCUGGGACAUACCCAUGUUCAAUAUCAGCAUUUUCCCCCUAAGUGCUCUCACCAGUGUUCUUAGGGACUUCACGUUGCAUCUGAAGUUGUUUCCCCAGGAGUCCAGCACCUAAAGAUAAAAUGCUUAAUCAUUUUAGCAAAUCACUUUCUUGAAGAAUGACCAUACUAUACAGUGAUGAGGCCAACAUUUGCAAGGCUUUGAUGGGAUUUUGUGGCUAUGGUUAUCCUUCUGCAGCCUUUUAUGUACAACAUAUUACAUAUGUAUGAGCAGUUCUGUAAAAUUUAAACAAGCUUUUGUUAUGAAAGACGGCUAGUUGAUUAGCUUAUGUUGAAUCUAUAUUGUAGUCAUUCAGCAUUUCAAUUUACUUUUUAUGCCUAAAUUGGAAGAAACAUGGGGGGCCGGUUUUAGUUAUUAAUUAAAGGGCCCAUUAGUUGUUUCUUGUUUAGCAAGUUGUUAACCCUAGUUUAUAUCUUAUAAAUACCCAAUCAUGUAACUAUAAUCUGCUUUAGAGCUGUGGGCUUUAAGCCUGGUCGGCUAAAGGGAAGAAACAUGGGGGGCCGGUUUUAGUUAUUAAUUAAAGGGCCCAUUAGUUGUUUCUUGUUUAGCAAGUUGUUAACCCUAGUUUAUAUCUUAUAAAUACCCAAUCAUGUAACUAUAAUCUAUUUGGUGAUUGUUUUCAAUUCGAUUGAAAAUUGUACUUGUUAUGCAUGGAGAUGUCAGAAUUUGUGUAUAAAGCAUGCCCAGCCUUUAUUAAUUACACUUUCAUGGCUCAUUUUUUGAAUCCAGGCUUGCCAAAUUGUUUCUUAGGGGAAGCAAUGGGACAUAGACAAGCUACAAAUUCAUUUGGUACAUUUGGAAAUGCUCAGAAUCAGCAUCAAAGCUAUAUCCCAGAGCAACCUUUUACUGCCACAGGAAGAUUUGCUGCUCCAGGUGGCUCUUUUGUCCAACCUGGAGAUGUAUUACCAAGUGGUGAAGACCAACACUUGAAUUCCAGAAGCAAUGGAAAUUAUCAAUAUCAUUAUUCAAAUUAUAACACGGAAGCAGCUCAUUUUCUCCCACAACCUCCAUACAUGCCUUUUCAGCAACUAUCAUCAUAUGCUGGGAAUGUAUGCAUUCCCGGGAGUAAUGGAUAUGGUGUUGGUCUGGCUGAUCAUCACCCAAGCAUCCAUAGAGGGCCAUUUAAAAGGAAAAGAUCCAGCAUUGCUGGACCCUGUGAAAGAGGAGGCAGCAGAUGGUUUGAAGUUGGAAGCUCCUCUGGAUCUUCUGCUGGGAUGUUGAGACCAGUUCCAGGAAAUGAGAACAUCCCUUCAAAUCACACAUGCAUUCGUCAUGGAAGUAGUAGCAUCUCUAUCAAUGGUGAUGACUCAUGGAGGAAUGUUAGAAGAAGAAAUACUUAUGCCUCGGGUCACGAUCCCGGUAGAACUCAUCAUAUCUCAGAUUACUCAUCUGUUCUGCAUCAAUUUACAACAUAUCCAGCAAAUUACUUUGGUGGCAGAAGCACAUCUGGUUCAAGCUUAGGAGGGAAUUCACAUCCAGAAUCUGGUGGCUCAAGUCAUGACAUGAACACUUAUUAUAUUGGAGGAGGUGCUUCCGGCAUGAGUGGCCACCAUGGUAGCUGGUUUUCAACUGGAAGGGAAAGAUGCAUGAAUUAUAAUGGAAGAAUAUUACCCCCAAAUGUUAAUGGUUUAGGCCACCCACAGCUAGGCCUUUCUGCACCAACGUCCACUGAAAACAGUGUGCUUUCUGCUGAAACAUUUUCCUUCAGAAAUAUGAGGUCAGCUAGUGCUGAAGGAUGGCCUGAAUGGUGCAACCGCGUGCAACAUGGAAGUGUUGGGGUUACUAAUGCACUUCCUAGUGUGGUCGAUACUCGAGAUAGAAUGAGAUCUGAGGUACUCACGUUCGAACGUCAAUCAUUUUCCGGGGUUUCCAGAAACAUGUUUGAUGAUUACGUAGGCAUGAGGCUAGAUGUUGAUAGCAUGAGUUAUGAGGAACUGCUUGCCCUGGGGGAUAGAAUAGGGAUUGUCAAUACGGGUUUGUCCGAGGAUAUGGCUUCCAAGUGCAUGACAGCGGAAGGCUUUGUUUCUUCUAAUGACGAUGACAAAAGUUGUGCCAUUUGCCUCGAAAGUUAUGAGGAGGAAGAGGAAGUAGGGAGGUUGAAGAGGUGUGGACAUGACUACCAUGUGAGAUGCAUCACCAAGUGGCUGUCAAUGAAAAAUGUCUGCCCAAUCUGUAAAUUGCCUGCUCUUAAGGAUGAUGAAUAUUAGUAGUGGUUAGUAUUAUAGCACUGUAAUAUUUUAAUGCUACAGUUUACUAUGAUCAACCUCAUGUAAAUAUUAUUAAUAAUCCGUAGUAUUGUAAGAAUCAUGUUAUUUGGUAGUCCAGUCUUAUUUUCCUUUGUGCACCCUGCACAGUUAAUGUAAAUUCUGGAUUAUGACCUCUCUUUGGGUCUUGGGUCCUA